GUGACGCGAAGAAAUUUUAAACUCUCGUCCUUCUCAGUGAUGGCGGCUUCGUUUCGUUCGGUCCCUUCAAGCUGUAACAACAAAUGGUACUACUCCCGACAGCAGAUCGACAACAGCCCGUCUCGGCAAGCUGGACUUGAUCCCGACAAGGAGCUGUCCUACCGACAACAGGCAGCGAACCUCCUCCAGGACAUGGGGCAGCGGCUCAAUGUAUCCCAACUAACUAUUAAUACAGCUAUUGUGUACAUGCAUCGGUUCUACAUGGUCCAAUCAUUUACAAGGUUUCACAGAAAUGUCAUCGCUCCGGCCGCUCUUUUCCUCGCCGCAAAGGUUGAGGAGCAGCCCCGAAAGUUGGAACACGUAAUCAAGGUGGCGCAUGCAUGUCUAAACCCUCAGGACCCCUCGCCGGACGUCCGCAGCGAUGUAAGUAUUGGGUGUCCAUGCAGUGAAUCUGUACCACCACAAAACGGAGUUUAUGAAGAUAUUUGAUGCAUUUCCACGCCAAAAGCCUUUUUCCCCUUGUUACCGUAAUUUCCGGACUAUAAGACAACCUUUUUCACACGUUUUGAAAACUGAGAUGUGUUGUUUAUCAACGCGUUUUGAAAAGCUGGACUACUGCGUUAUAAAGAAGACAGUGCCAACUCAAGAUUGUUACGGCUUGCACUAAAUAAUAGAAAAGACAAAGGAAAACAAAGCCAAUCUAUUUGACUCUGUCAUCCAGAGUAGGAAGGGAAGAGGAAGCAUUUGCUAUAU